GAGUCUGGUUCAGGUGAGAGAGAGAGAGAAAAGAAAGAAGAGUCUGGUUCAGGAGAGAGAGAGAGAGAAAUAGAAAAGGAGGGUUAGAGUCUGGUUCAGAAGAGAGGAAGAAAAAAAGAAAGAGAGAGAGAGAGAGAGAGAGAGAACACUUCUAUAUAAAGAAAGCAUCCGGGAUCGACGCGGCGUGUGUCCGGUAUCUUUGACAGUUUGUUUCUCUGUGUGCUGGAGAGAAAGGUAUCGCUCACACGCACACUGUUGUGUUUGUGGACGCUGAUCGGUAUAUCUCUGAUGUGGAGGACAGUUACACCUGGCUGCUCCUGGUUGUGAGUGUAAUGCUGGGUAUGGGGGUGUGUCGGGAUCGGUCCACGGUGCAGGCACGGUAGUGUUGUCGCUGUCAAGCGGACUGUGCUGCGUGUUAUUAUAUAGCCCGUAGCUCCCUUCGCUCGGGAGCGCUGACCUGCUCGUGUUUAUAACCAGGCAGCGCUGUGUGACGCUUCGUGCAGGUGCUGUCAGCUGCUUAUGAUUUCAUAAACAAGCUGCAUUCUCGUUAUUGUUUGCGUUUCUGUUUUAUACAGACUUUUGAAGUGUUUGGUUUCCUUUCAGUUCUAGAGAUUUGCUAAUGCAAAUCGGAUUAGGUAGAUAAACAGCUCUGGUCAGGGUCUGUAGUUCCAAUAAAGCGCUGAUCGUUAAAGUGCAAAAGAAAGAGGCGCAGCUCGGACCGUGCGCGAUGCUAGCCGGUUACACUCAGGCCUUCUAGACGCCGCCAGUGAUUAAUCACACUUAAACUACCGCUUCACUAAAAGCAAACUAAGUUCAUUAUCGCGCCGAUAGUAUCCAGGAGUCAAGGUGCUCUGUAUUGAGGCUGCACCGGAAGGAAGGCACGGCGAGCGUGUUGCUCUGUGUUUCCAGGGCGGUCUCAACAGAAAGAGAUCCCGGCGGAGUGUGUGUCACACCCGCCCCGCUUCAGAGAUACCGCUCUGCAGUCUGAUCCCCGGGUCCUGUCCGAAGCAAGCAGGGAGACAUUGCCAUGACAACACUGGGAUGCCGUGCAGGGUGGCUGGGGAGCACUGUGCUGCUACUGGGAGCCCUCCUGGGACUGGGACACGCCAUGACCAAAGAGGAGAGACACAAACUCAGGGAUCAAGUAUUGGAGAUGUUUGACCAUGCAUAUCAAAACUACAUGGACCACGCCUACCCCGCUGACGAGCUGAUGCCUCUGACUUGCCGGGGCCGGGUUCGAGGGCUGGAGCCAAGUCGAGGGGAUGUGGACGAUGCGCUGGGCAAGUUCUCCUUGACACUGAUUGACACAAUGGACACUCUGGCGGUGCUGAAUAAGCCUGUGGAGUUCGAGGAGGCAGUGCGGAGGGUUCUGCGUGAUGUGCGGCUGGAUAAUGACAUUGUGGUGUCUGUGUUCGAGACCAACAUCCGAGUGCUGGGGGGUCUGCUGGGCGGGCACUCCAUGGCCCUGAUGCUGCGCGACGGGGGACGCUACAUGCCCUGGUACCAGGAUGAGCUGCUCAGCAUGGCUAAGGAGCUGGGGCUGCGUCUGCUGCCUGCCUUCAACACCUCCAGUGGACUGCCCUACCCCCGGAUCAAUCUGAAGCACGGGCUGCACAACCCUGAGUCCCGCACCGGCACGGAGACAGACACCUGCACUGCCUGCGCCGGGACCAUGAUACUGGAGUUCGCUGCCCUGAGUCGCUUCACUGGAGAGCCGGUCUUCGAGGCACAUGCGCGCAGAGCCCUGGACUUCCUGUGGGAGAAGCGGCAGCGCAACAGCAACCUGGUGGGAACCACGAUCAACAUCCACACUGGAGACUGGGUGCGGAGAGACAGCGGGGUGGGGGCUGGAAUAGACUCCUAUUACGAGUACCUGCUGAAGGCUUACAUCCUGCUGGGAGAUGACAGCUACCUGGAGCGCUUCAACACUCACUACUCCUCCAUCAUGAAGUACAUCAGCCAGCCUCCUCUCCUGCUGGACGUGCACAUCCACAAACCCCUGCUGAAUGCGCGCACCUGGAUGGACUCGCUGCUCGCCUUCUUCCCAGGACUGCAGGUGCUGAAAGGGGACAUCAAGCCGGCGAUCGAGACACACGAGAUGCUCUACCAGGUCAUCAAGAAGCACAACUUCCUGCCGGAGGCCUUCACCACAGACUUCAGGGUACACUGGGGCCAGCACCCCCUGCGUCCCGAGUUCGCUGAGAGCACCUACUUCCUGUACAAGGCCACAGGAGACCCCUACUACCUGGAGACGGGGAAGACCAUCCUGGAGAACCUGAACAAGUUCGCCCGAGUUCCCUGUGGCUUCGCUGCCAUGAAAGACGUGCGGACCGGCAGCCAUGAGGACCGCAUGGACUCGUUCUUCCUUGCUGAGAUGUUCAAGUACCUGUUCCUGCUCUUUGCGGACAAGGAGGACCUGCUGUUUGACAUGGACCACUACCUGUUCACCACCGAGGCCCACCUGCUGCCCCUCUCGCUGUCCACCUGCAACCACACUGGAACCCGGAGGAACACGACUGCCCAGGAACUGCUAGAUCUGGCUGAUCUGGACGACAGUAACUUUGACUGGUCCUGCCCCAACACACAGGGGCUGUUCCCAAACAACCCUGCCUUCGCACACAGCAUCCGAGAACCAAUCAAGAACGCGGUGGACAAGAGCUGCCCCCGGCCCGGGCCCCGCAGGGACUCUGGCCCGCAGCCCCCCCUCCGAGCGAGGGACUUCAUGGCGAACAGUCCCGAGCAGCUGGAGCUCCUGCGCAGGAUGGGGGUCAGUCUGAUCCACCUGAAGGAUGGCCGAGUGCAGCUGGUGCAGCACGCCACGCAGGCUGACAGUGCUGUUGAUGCGGAGGACGGCUUGCGCUUCAUGCAGGAGAUGAUCGAACUCUCCAGCCAGCAGCAGAAGGAGCAGCUCCCCCCUCGUGCUGUGCAAAUCAUCUCACACCCCUUCUUCGGAAGAGUGGUCCUGACCGCAGGACCUGCACAAUUCGGGCUGGACCUGUUCAAAAGCAAUGCGGGGGCACGGGGAUCUGUGGCGCUGACAGAGCCCUUCAAUGGCUGCUCCAAGGUGACCAACCCAGACGUGCUGGCCGGGCGCAUCGCUCUCGUGCAGAGGGGCCAGUGCAUGUUCGCAGAGAAGGCGAGGAGCAUCCAGCUAGCUGGAGCCAUAGGGGGCAUUGUCAUCGAUGAUAAUGAGGGCAGCAGCAGUGACACUGCACCCCUGUUCCAGAUGGCAGGGGAUGGGAAGAGCACUGAUGACAUCACCAUCCCGCUCCUCUUCCUGUUCAACAAGGAGGGCAAAAUCAUCCUGGAUGCACUGAAAGAGUACAGAGAGGUGGAGGUGCUGCUGUCUGACAGAGCCAGGGACAGAGGUGCCGACACGGAGAGUCCCGCCUCGAAACCAGAGGAAUCCUGCUCUGCUGUGGAGAGGGGGGAGCGUGCAGCCAACCUCCCCCUGCCAGGCACACAGCAAGAGGAGGAGGCUGUGGACACGGAGACAGGACUCCAGGGGGACACUGGCCAGGACCCAGAGUCCAUCCUGUCAGACUGGAGAGAGGACCUGGAGGCCUUCCAGCAGAUGGAGAAGGAUGAGCUCUGACCAUCCUUUCCCAGGAACGCAUGUGGUACAAACCAGAACGAGGCAGAGGCAGCUCACUCUGGGAUCGUUCCAAAAGGACUCCAGAAAGGGGGGGAGCCUGAGGAAACACGAACACUGUCUUCCAGAGGAGUAUUAGAAUAUUCUUUGUUUAUUGGACGGGGAGUAACUGAUGAACAGGAAAUCCAAACGCAGGAAUGGGGGGGGGGGGGGGCUUCAGGACCUCGAGCUGCAGAUUCAAGUAAAUAUAAUGGAGAUUAAUUUUUGAUUUUUGGAUUAUUGUGGGCAGGGAUCUCCAGCCCUGGUUCUGGAGAGCUGCAGGGGCUUCUGCUUUUCAUUUCAACUGACUUCUCAGUUACUUCAUUGAACCAAUUAUUGUCUUAAUUAGUUCAGAUUAACAUGUUCCAAAUCAUUAGCCACUAAUGAUGUAAAGACAUCUGGAAAACCUGCAGGAUUAGAGCUCUCCAGGACCAGGGUGGUCUGCGCUGACUCGAGUGCAGAGACUCGGUGAUUCAUUCAGUGUACAGGGCU